AUGGACGGGAACUUCCAAGCGCCCCAUGGCGCCUCAGCGAGCCUUUCUGGAGGGCCCCCUCCCCUCCCAGGCGGUCCUCCAUCAGUAGGAAGUCUCCCUUCUGGCGCUUUUCCAGGGCCCCCCAACGCGGGGGGAUCCCUGCCUCCUCUGCUGCCUGGCUUACCGUACCCACCUCAAGCCUUACUGAGUGGCCCAGGGGGGCCAGGGUUGCCGCCCCCUGUAUUGGGCCCCCCGCCUGCAAUGGGUCCAGGCUCUGGUGGCGGGGAAGAGGGUGGGGGUCCGUCUGGGGGCGCUCCGUCAUGGACUUUAGAAGGUCGGGGUCGUACAGAGGGUCCCCCACGGCAAAGCUCAACGGGGGGCCGCAAUUUGUACAUCCACAACGUGUCUAAGGAGGCACGAGAGGCGGACGUGAGAGCUUUUUUCUCUCAGUGUGGCGAAGUCGAAAGUGUUGCCCUUAGGGUCAACCAGCGGGUGGGGCCGAAUGCCGUCUACGCCUUCGUCCUCUACAAAAACGCAGAGGACGCCAGACGAUGCUUCGAAACCCUCAACGGAAAAACAUUUAUGGGCCGCUGUGUCCGCGUAGAGUACCAACGGGGACGCGCGGGAGGCCGCAAUCCUCCAGUAGACGACGCGGGCUCGGAGGCGGGCAGCGAGGCGCAUGCUGCUGCUGUUGCUGGAGGGAACGCCAACAGCAGCAGGCGGCCCAAUAGGGGCAAGCAGCACGAGAGGGGCGGGAACCGAAGCGACAGAGAUUGGGACAGAAGAGGCAGACAGCCCAUGAGGCCGGUGGACGACGAGCGGCGGGAUGGGGAUCCGCGUAUACGGGACUGGGGUCACGACGAGGAUGCGAUGUAUCGUAGGGACGGCCACAAUGGUCUUAUGCUUCCGCCACAGCCACAGCCGCCGCCGCAGCAACAGCAACAGCCGCCGCCGGAGCAACCGCAGCAGCAACUGGAGAUUCCGGUGGCUCGCGAACCGCUCUUGUUGUUCCCUCUGCUGCAGCAGCACCGGGCCCGGCAGGGCUUCCCUUUCCUCAAGGAUUUCUCUUCUUCUCCUACUGCUGCUCCUGCUGCGACGUCGGGCCUCCCUGCAGCCCCAGCAGGAACUGGGGCCCCGGGCUGUGGCGCGGGCGCGCAGUGGAGGUGGACUUUGGGACGCAAUGACCGCAAGAAGGUUGCGGUUACGGCCCUUUGUCUACAGGGGGAGGUCCCACUGGAGAUGCAACAGGCCUCGGGGUACGUCUGCGCGCAGCUGCAAAGCAUGUUGAACGUCAGCCACCGAAGCAAGUGCGAGGAGUUGGCCCUCAAGCCCAUGGAUGCGGCGGUGUUGCUCCAACCGGCAUCACCCGAGAACGAAGCUUCCUUCAAUGAAUAUCUGUCAUACUUUAGAUCCAAAGAGCGGGCUGGCGUUGCUUGCCUUCCCGGUGGCGUGUUCCUGUAUUUUGUCCCCCCCGGGUUCCAGGUAUUCGACAAGUACAGAUACCUCUUCCCGCAGCACCUCAGGAACAGCAAUUCAGUAAUGAUUGGGCUUCUUGGGCCUUCCCCCCAGUCGGUAACUGCAACGACAGCGCCGCAUACAGCACCGGAACAGCAACAACAGCCCCAGCAGCAGUGGCAGCAGCAGCAGUUGCCGGGGUCUACACCGCAACAGUCGUGGCCGCAGCAGCAACCUUGGCAGCCGCAGCAGCAGCAGCAGCCGCAGCAGCAGCAGCAACCGUCAUGGCAGCAGCCGCAGCCCCAGCAAGGCUGGGGGCAGCAACAGCAGCAACCUUCGCAAGUUAAACAGCAGUUUGGAAUGACUCAGUCGUGGCAGCAGCAGCCACUUCAACAGCCGCAGCAACAGCAGCAGCCGCAACAAUGGUCGCCAGAUCCUCUGCAGCAGCAGCAACAGCAAGUGCCUCCAAUGCAGCAGCAACAGCAAGUACCUCCAAUGCAGCAGCAACAGCAGCCGUGGCAGCAGCAACAGCAGCAACCGCAGUCUUGGCACCAACAGCCGCAGCAGCAGCAAAGUGGCACUCCUCAGAACAGCUUGCCGGAGCAGCAGCAGCAGCAGCAGCAAGAGGGGCCAACGGGAGGCAUUAGCUGGAUGCAGCAGCUAAGCAACAUGGCCGCCUUCUUAGGCGCCAAAAAGUGA